AUGGCUCUCGCACCAAAAUUCGCCGGCCAGAAGUUCACCGCAACGAACGCCCCCACGCUCCAUACAUUAGAGCUUUAUCUCGACUAUGUUUGUCCCUUCUCAGCCAAGAUGUACAACACAGUCUAUACCUCAGUCUUCCCAUUAAUCAGGCAAAGAUACGCCUCAAAGGUUCAAAUCUUAUUCAGACAGCAAAUUCAGCCCUGGCAUCCAUCCUCAACUUUGGUCCACGAAGCCGGAGUUGCCGUGCUCAAGCUGCAGCCUAGCAAGUUCUUCGAGUUCAGCAAGGCACUCUUCGAUGACGCUAAAUCAUUCUAUGAUGUCAAUGUUGUCAACGAAACCCGCAACAAGACAUACGAGCGUCUGGCCAAGAUCGGAGGGAAAGUUGGCGUCAAUGAGCAAGAGAUGUACAAGUUAUUGCACAUUUCUGACAAGCCAGCUGAAGAUGGAUCUCUCAAUAGUGGUAACGGUGUCACGAAUGAGCUGAAGGUCUUGGUCAAGAUGAACCGGAUGCAGGGCGUGCAUGUCACUCCUACUGUCGUCUUUGAUGGCGUGGUUGAGAAUGGUAUCAGCUCGAGCUUCUCAGCUGAGCAGUGGGAGGAAUGGUUGGAAAAGAAUGUUGCGUGA